UCCUCCACGUGGACCCUGUCAUGACCAAAACACUCCGGUCUCCGUGGCAGGCAAGGGAGCGCGCGUGCCGCCGCCGUUGCGCAGUGCAGACUGCGAGGCGCGAGCUGAGCUGGGCGGUACGGGGCGGUGCUGCUCGUCAGAUAUGAACCUGUAAACAUAAACCUGCAGAAUUAAAGCUUUUCUGGCCACACGUCAACUAUGCAGACAGGUGUGUUCAUGGAAUCUCACCUGGGCAGGCUGCUCCCAUGUGUCCUGUACGUGUUCCUGCUCAUACACCUGUGCUUGGCAGCACCAGGGUUAACUGGGGCACAAGGGGAGGAAUCAAUAAAUGCCCGUGCCUCAGCUGCAGAGAUAGCCAAUCCUUUUGGCUCAGGAGAGGAGGACCGCAGGUUACUGCAUAGUUUUAUCCAGUUCAGUGUGGCGAAUGGAAAAGGAGGACUAGAAAUCAACACUCAUGAACAAGAGGUGUUCUAUCUGUUUGGUGUUUUUGACUAUGACCACAGCGGGUCUCUGGAUGGUUUGGAGUUGAUGAAGCUUGUGUCAGACUAUAACCUCCAUCACACACCUGGAGUUAAUGCUGCUGAGCAGGUGGUGUCUUUGGUAGAUUUUUUACUCCAGUCUCAGGAUCUAAACCAAGAUGGCCUUCUCAGCCCAUUAGAGCUGCUGUCCCACCCACUACCUCACUCACAGGACUCCAUCAACAACAGUGCACCUCAGCAGGAGCAGCAUGUGGCAGUGGAGGAGAAGCUGUCAAAUCCUGGCUCUGUUCAAGAGACAGAAGGAGCAGCAGAGCAGAGAGAGGAGGCUCUUAAGGAGCCACAGCCUCAAAAUGAAGAGUACCUACCGCAGGAAGACAAACCAGAAGGAGAGGAACUCAUAAAACUAGAAGAUCAACAGCUCGAACAACAAAUCCCAGAAGGCCCAGGAGCAGAACAAGGGCAGGGCCACCCUGUCCCUGUUCAUCAGGGGCAACCAGAGAUAUGAAGGCACACUCGCACACAUGUAGAUAGACUGCUCAGGAGAGAAGUCAUCUUAAGACGGACAGUAGAUUUGAAAUCACUUCUCUCAACUGAGAUGUCUUCAUCAACAUCCUAAAAACAGUCCCUGUUUUGGUUUGAAUUAGAGACUACCAUCCAUGUCAUUUUACUAUCAAACACUUGAAUGAAUGAUAAAUGAAGAAUGAAAUCUGCUGACAGUAUUUCGACACCUUAUUGGGAAAAUUUUCGACAGCAAAGGAUCUUGAGGUUUUAAUGAAUGAAUUUUGAUUUAAAAACUGGUAUUGAUAAUAAUAAUAAUACAUACACAGACUGACAACCAUAGAUAAAUACAAUGGAACGUUUUCAUGAUUUUGAACACAGGAGGCUUAAACAAUUCAUCUUCUAAAUUUUUUUUAUUAAUUUCAAAAUGUAAUGUGAAUGAUUUGGGAUAUUUGAUUUCAUUUCUUUGUAUUUAUUUAUCAUUUUGUCAUACUUAAAAUGAUUUUUUAAUGUAUUUAUGUCCUGUGUAGUGACUGUUGUUUCAUGUAUAAGCUGAGUGGCCUUAACAUGUCUCACCACUCCAGGCAAAGGAUAUCGGAGAUGCAACUGGUGUGCUGGGAAAUUUGUCUUCCUUGAGAAUUUUCUCAACCUGCACAACAGCCUAAAUUAUAUUAUAAAUAAAUCAAGUCAUCCAGAAUGAAACACACUCUGUAUUUUUAUGCAGAACUGUCAAAUUGUACAUUCACAUUUUUGCUCCAUUCAUUCAGUGUUGCACUUUAAUAUGGACUUUAAUGUGCCUCAGUGAGUCCGGGGUACAGAAGAGCAUGUAAUGAGUAUGUUAAUGAGCCUACAAACAACAGGCUGUAGGUAACAGACUUAAUAGUUCUUCAUUAUUGAAGACUGGGAGGCUCUAUUUAGUGUGUUUCUGUAAACUUGAAGAUGUUAAAGUAUCAAGUUUAUUGUAAUUUUUUUGACACUUUCUUAUUGUUUAUGCAUUUUUACAGCUUUGAAAAUAAAGUAGUUUCUGAAUGCC